AACAUAUCAUCACUGUGAAAGAAGAAUCUUUUUCAACAAGGCAAAAGAAAAGGACCCUUUUCACUUUCCUCAAAACUGUCUUUGUUUGUCAUGUGGUGGUAUCUCUAAAGAAAAAAAAAAGGAAAAAAAAAUUCCAUUAAAAGAGAUGGGAUUGCUCUUUCACUACAGAAGGAGCUGUUCUUAGAUCUUUUUCUGAGCAAGUUUUGAGUAUGGCUUACAAGAAGAAAGUGCCAGUGAUUGGUAUCAGAAAGUCAGACAGAUUCUUGCUUCAUGGAACAAGUCUUGCUUCUGUUGAAUGUUUGUCUUUGCCUCUUGUUCAGGAAAUUGUGCUCUCGGCAGAUAUCAGAUGCAGCGAGUGUCAGAAGAGAAUAGCGGAAAUAAUGUCAAGAAUGAGUGAGACAGAGUCUGUUGUGGUGAACGUGUUGGACAAGAAGGUUGCUCUUACUUGUAGAUACCCCAUUGUUGCCAAAGAACCAGCUCGCCAAGUCCCCGCCAUACGCCGGAAUCCUCUAAACAAAGUGGCACUUCUGAAACGGAUUUUCAGGUCUCCUCAAAGUUGAUUUCAGGUCGGAAAAAGACCCAAGAAUAUGUAUUUCUGACUGCCCGACCAGCCAUGUACAUGAAUUUGAUUUCACAUAAUGAAUUCAGAGAACAUGUAGUUAGAUGUUUGUCUACGGUGGCAAUCAAAUGAAAUGAGAUUUAAGAGAAGAAAAAGAAAAAAAAAAAAACAGAGAGAGAGAGAGAGUGAAGUUUGAUAUACUUGUGUUUGUGUCUCCCAGUAGCCACUUUAUGUGUGUGUAUUGUUGGAUUCUUAAUUUAACGUUGAGUUUGAGUUUAUAGGUGAA